CCAAGCGUGCCUUCCUCUUAGCACGCUUCUCCCUUGCGUCCUGAGAUCGAGUGUCGUCAAAGCCCAUGACACCUUUGGUAAAGGCUGUUCUCCAACUGGAGCGCUCGCAGGCCAGUGUUUCCCAGUUGUCAAUGUUUAUACAUUUUUUAAGAUUUGCCUUGAGACAGUCUUUAAACCUCUUUUGUUGACAACCAGCAUUGCGCUUUCCAUUUUUAAGUUCGGAAUAGAGUAGUUGCCUUGGGAGACGAUCAGCAGGUAUCCGCACAACAUGCCCAGUCCAACGAAGCUGAUGCUGAAGAAUCAUUGUCUCGGAAGUAUCUGAUACUUUCACAUCUCUAUGCUUUUUGCUGAGCUCUUCCGAGGCUGCUCUAAUCGGAAUUUUGGGCCGUUGGAGAACCCCGCCCUCUGUACGUGAUUGGGGUGGCCGGGCUCAGCGUCGUGAUUGGGCGAGCGGGUAGCGUUCGAAGUGGCGGCGCGCAUUUCGUCAUCUCUCUUCCGUUGUCUCUUAUUGGGCGGCGGGUGUGCGCGCGCGCUGCAAAGCUGCGAUCAGGCGUUCCUGCUUCCCGCGCUUUUCCCCAUUCGCUGAGGACGGGCUGUGUUUCAAGGUCUGCUCUCCGGGUCUCUCCUGCUGAGUGGAUUUUCCACGCGCGCUUCCGAAGCGGCCAUGGCCGACGCUCCUCCGACUGCGGCCCCCUCCUGGGAGUUCAGCCUGCCCUUGUCGCCCGCCGACUUGCUCCGCGGCGCGGGGCCCUCGCAGUACGUGGUGCAGGAGGUGCUGCCCCCGAAACAGCUCCCGGGGCAGCUGGCAGCAUUUCGGACAGUUUUUCGCACACAAGGAGCUCUUGCUAUCCUGCAGCAUUUUGAUACAGUGUACAGUAUCCUACACCACUUCCGAACUGUUGAUGCUGCUCUUAAAGAAGAUGCCCUAGAACUGAUGAUGAAAGUUGUCGCCAGUCACUCUAGUGCCCUGACAGCCAUCAUGAACAGUGCUGACCUAGCAUCUUCACUUCGUGCUCUUCACCAUAAUGCUCUCAAGAUGAACUGCUACCUACUAGCACGGCUGGUGGAAGCUUUUGAAACAGAGUGUGGCAAAAGCAACCUGGUGGGGCUGGAUUCCAAGAAGAAGGGUAAGAAGAGCCAGGCUAAAGGCUUUCUCUGGGAGGACGAAAGGCAACACGUCGUGCAGCUGCUCACGCAGUUACUUCAGCUGGACCUUCAUCGCCUAUGGAACAAUUUUGCAGUGGAGGAAGAGUUUAUCAGUUUAGUGACUGGCUGCUGCUACCGCAUCCUGGAGAACCCUACCAUUGGCCACCAGAGACAUCGGCCUACACGAGAUGCAGUAAUUCAUCUGUUAGGUGUAGUUCUACUGCGUUAUGGCCAUAUGCUCAGUGCCACUCUGAAGGUCGUGCAGAUGCUUCAGCACUUUGAACACGUAGCUCCAGUGUUUGUGGAGGCUGUGAGUGUGUGGAUCAAGGAAUAUGGAAUGAAGAGCAUUGUGGGGGAGCUGCUAAGGGAGAUUGGACAGACGUGCCCUCAGGAGCUGUCCCGAGACACCUCAGGGGUGAAGGGCUAUGCUGCCUUCCUUGUAGAACUGGCUGGACAAGCACCAGCCAUAGUGCUGGCCAACAUAAGUGUCCUCCUGCAUCACCUGGAUGGAGAGAGCUAUGGGAUGCGCAAUGCCAUUUUGACUGCUAUGGCAGAGGUGCUGCUGCAGGUGCUGAAUGGAGAGCAGCUGGAAGAAGCUUCCAAAAACACAAGGGAUCAAUUCCUGGACACCCUGCAGGCGCACACAUGUGAUGUCAGUAGCUUUGUGCGCAGUCGUGUGCUGCAACUCUUCACCCGAAUUGUGCAACAAAAAGCUUUGCCCUUAACUCAGUUCCAGUCUGUAGCAUGCUUAGCUGUGGGUCGCCUACAGGAUAAAUCUGUAAAUGUGGUUAAGAAUGCAAUUCAGCUGCUGGCUGCCUUCCUUUCCAACAAUCCUUUCUCCUGUAAGUUGAGCUGCACAGACUUAACUGAGCUGCUUAAGAAAGAGAAGCAGAAACUUCAGGAAAUGAAGAGCAAAGGCAGAACCAAAACUGCUGCAGUGAUCCCCCCAGAGGAGGAGUGGGAAGCCAUGCAGCCAGAGCUUCAAGCGACCUUGAAGAGUUGCCUUUGCUCACGAAAGCAGGAAGAAGAAGAGGUGGGUGAGCUUGAGACGGAGAACCCAGAACGAUUAUUUGAGAGCAUCAUCCAGCUGUUAAGGAAAUCCAAUUAUAAGGGUGCCAUUCAUCUGACACAACAAGGUAUGCGCCAGUUCCAGGCAGUGGAGCCCUUCAGCGGACCAAGAACAAAGGGUGAUGAGGAAGACUUCAUCCUGAGCGUGUUGAGAACACUUUACAUAGGGUCCCAGGCUGAAGGUGGUGUCCAAGAAUCUACAGAUGGGGAGGAAGAACAAGCCCAGGAAGUGGAGCAGCCUCCAGAAGAGUUAAUAAAGCAGGAGAUGCUGGUGCAGUACUUGCAGGAUGCCUACAACUUCUCUGCAAAAAUCACGGAAGCCUUGAGCUUGGUCUCCAGACUAAUGUAUGAAAGCUCAGUCUCUGUUAUGCAGGAAGCUAUUGAAUUCUUUGUGAUAGUCUCUCAGUUUGGUGUCCCUCAGGCUGUUCUUGGAAUACGUCGAAUGCUUCCACUUGUAUGGUCCAAAGAGCCAGGAAUCAGAGAUGCUGUGUUGGAUGCCUACAGGACGCUCUACCUGAAUCCUAGUGGAGACUCUGAAAGGGCUCGAGCCCAGCACUUGGUGAAGUCUCUCUCCCUCCUCCUGGUGGAUGCGUCACUGGGGACUACUCAGUGUCUCGGAGAAAUUAUCUCUGAGUUUGUGCAAAAAGAUGAAAUAAAACCUGCUGUGGUCCAGCUGCUCUGGGAACAGUUUACAGAGAAAUUGCAGUGUUCAGCAUUGGAGCGCCAUGCUGCCAUCAUGCUUCUUGGGAUGAUGGCACGAGGGAAGCCUGAGAUUGUCGGGAGCAACCUGGAUGUUCUGGUAGCAGUGGGGUUGGAUGAGAGAGUGCAUGAAGAUUAUCGCCUUGCCCGAGAAGUGUGCAAUGCCAUCUCCAAAAUUGCCAGUAGCCAGAAGCCUGGCCUUGAGAAAAGGAGUCAUUCCUUCCGGCUUCCUCAGUCACAUCAGCUCUUUGAACGCUUGCGCGAAGUGAUAAUUGUGGGCUUUGCUAGAUCAAGUGCAUACUGGAUCCCUUUCACAGAGACAGCAAUUGCCCUCAUCUAUCAGUUGGCAGAAGGGCCUGAUGAAAUAUGUGCUCAGAUCUUGCAGUGCUGCAGCCAGCAGGCCCUGGAGAAGUUGGAGUCUGAAGGGACUGAGGCAGAGCCUGGGCCAUCUUCUCCCAACAAGGUUGCUGAUGACCUUAGCACUAUUGACACCAUGGUGUUGACACAUCUGAUCUCUCUGGCUGGGGAUGUGGCGUUGCAGCAGCUUGUACAUCUGGAGUUGUCAGUGAGCUCAGAGCUACGCAAGCGCCGAGUCCUUGGGGAAGAACGGGAAGCGAAAGAAAAGGCUGCAAGCAAAACGAAGGUGCAGAAUGGCAAGAGUACUGGGAAUGAUACCACCAUGGAGGAGGACCUUGGCUUGGUUGGGGCCUCUGCUGACGACACAGAAGCAGAGCUCAUCCGCACCAUUACUGAGGCAGAGCUGCUGGAUGGAAAACAGUUGCUUUCAACUUUUAUUCCCCUGGUACUCAAGAUUUGCAACAACCCCGGACUCUACAGUGAUCCAGCACUCUCAGCCGCUGCCACAUUGGCUCUUGGGAAAUUUUGCAUGAUCAGUUCAGAGUUUUGUGACUCUCAGUUGCGGCUUUUCUUCACCAUGAUGGAAAAAUCCGCCCUCCCUAGCGUGCGCGCCAACCUCAUGAUUGCCGCCGGAGACCUGGCCAUUCGCUUCCCCAACUUGGUGGAGCCUUGGACACCCCACCUCUAUGCUAGGCUGCGGGACCCUUGUCGGAGUGUGAGGCAGACAGCUGCUUUGGUUAUGACUCACCUGAUCCUGAAGGACAUGGUGAAAGUGAAGGGGCAGGUGAGCGAAAUGGCAGCUCUUCUCAUCGACCCAGAGGAGGACAUAGUGGGACUCGCUCGGAACUUCUUCGCAGAACUCUCUGGCAAGGAUAACGCUGUGUACAACUUGCUCCCGGACAUCAUCAGUCGUCUCUCAGAUCCAGACUCCGGCAUAGAGGAGCAGCCUUUCCGCAUCGUUAUGAGGCAGCUCUUCUCUUAUAUCACAAAGGAGAAGCAGACGGAGAGCUUGGUGGAGAAGCUUUGUCAGCGAUUCCGGACUGCUCGAACAGAGCGUCAGCACCAUGAUCUGGCGUACUGCCUCACCUUGCUUCCUCUCACAGAACGAGGUCUUCGCAAGAUGCAAGACAACUUUGAUUGCUUUGCUGACAAGCUUCAGGAUGCAGCUGUUUACAACUGCUUCCUGACUGUGCUGAGCCGGCUUCGCAGAAUGACCACUAAGCCUGAGAUGAAGGCUCUUGCUGAAGAAUUCGAGCAGAAGCUCCGCACGUGCCACAACAGGGGCCUGGACUCUCUCACUGAAGAUCCUCCUAGGGAGUCAAUAGACCACAAAGUCAGAAAUACUCCUGCGCCCCGGACGACAAAGAAAGCAGCAGCAAGCUCCCGACGGCGACCUUUGCAUGCAGCCAACAGAGAGGCAGACUCGUCCUUCACCACUCCAGAGCCCCGUGUUUCCAAACCCCGCAGAAAGACUUCAAGACUCAAAGUUUCUGUUGUCUUCUCUAGCGAUGAGGAAAACACCCCGGAGGAAGAACUUUCUGCUGAACUGACGGAUGCGGAGACGCCGAGCAAAACUACUCCCAUUUUACGUGCUUCAUCCCGCCGUGCUCGGCGAUGAAGACACCCCGCAUAGACUCUCCUGGUUAAUUUGGGAGUAAAGCUCUCUGGGUUUUGGAAGUAUUGCUUCUCCAGGUUUUUGUAUAUGCUAAAGCAAUGCAGAAAGCAAGCUUGGACUUUUGAGUUCUUGCAUCUCAACAUGGAGAUUGCGCAGCUUCUCUGCCCCAUGGGUUUUCAACAGAGGUGAAGGUGCUGGUACACACAGGCAAAAAAGAUAGCAAAAAGGCAGCUUAGGCCUUGAGAAAAUAUGUGCCAUUCACUCGUAAGAACUGUCCUUGCAUUUCAGAUGGGUCCCGGGUUUUCAAAAUUGGCCCUUGAAAAGCCACUGAUGUGUGUGUCCCUUUUUUUAAAAUGUAAAAUAUGUAAUCACAAUAAAUGUAAUUAAUACAAACAUGCUCGUAUGCAAAGUUAUGUGAUCACAGUGCCUAUUCCAGCAUUGAAUAAAGUCUGUUCACUUGUCAA